GAUUCGUUGUUGUUUGUGAUCGAGAUCGACAUACAGGUUUAGAAAGGCCCACCACAAAAAGCGUUUGUAUAGCGACCAGUGAACCACACUUCUUUGAUUUGUAAGGAUUAGAAUGGAUAACAAUCAAGGUACAGAAUUAAAGUUGUUGGAUUUUUCAAAAUCUCUUCAAAUUGCACGAGCACUGGAGUCCUUGGUGUUACGUGGGUUUGGACCUCAGGGUCUGCAGACAUUGAUGUGUACGUCCACUGGUCAGGUCUUGGUAACAAACAAUGGGGCCACCAUCUUCAAUGCACUACAUAUUGGACAUCCAGCUGGAAGAUUGAUGGUAAAAGCUAUUGACAAAAUGAUUCAGUACACUGGAGAUGGGAGUAAAACUUUCAUUGUAAUGCUGUCAGAAAUUUUACAACAGAUUGACUGUAAUUACACAGAAAAGGAUCGAGGGAAGCUGAUAAGGGGAGUAACUCAUUUUACUCAUAAUGUUUUCCCUGUACUGCAAAAGCAAGUGUUAGACCACUCAAGAACAUCCAGUUUAAUUAAUGAUAAGAAGGCUUUUUGUGAUAGCUUUGAUGGUGUGUUGAGAAGUGUAAUAUCACCACAUUAUUCAGCAAGAGUUGUGGAAAACUUAGUAACCACUGUGACAUCAUCAUUCAACUUUGACCUGCCCUCUGACCAUUUUUAUGAACAAGUUUCCAUAAUAACCCGAAACUUAAGUCAGUUUGUAAUUAAAACUGUUGGUCCGUCAGUUACAGAUUCUACAACAUUAGAUUCAUUAAUCAUUCAAAGAGAUUUUGCUCUUCACUUAAAUUUGUGUCCAAUGGAAAAAGUAAGAUUUGUGAUUCUGAUGUGUUCAAUUGAAGAGCAAGUUAAACAAGAGGAUAAUGAAUCCAUUUACCUUUCAACAAAUGAUAGUUUAAGAAAUUUUAUGCUGUACCAAAGAGAAAGAGUGGAUAAAUUUGCACAGAUGUGUGUGGAACAAAAAAUAAAUGUUGUGAUAAGUUCUGUUGGUAUACCCAAAUAUUGUUUGCAAGUACUUGCUUCACGCAACAUAUCAGUGAUACAUUAUCUUGAAGAGGAAGAUGUAGAAUUCCUCAGUCAAAUGUGCAGAAAACAUGUCAUUUUAGAAUUCCCAAGAGUACAAUUUACCGAGAAGGAAAUAUUUGUAGCCUCAUCUUGCCAGCGAGUGAUUAUCGGUGGUAAACCAUGUGUUCAGCUGACACCUUGUGGAGAAGGACUUGCACCUUAUACCAAAACCCUCAUCCUAGCAGCACCUACUGACAGCUUGUGUGGACAACUGUAUACAGUAAUUCACAAGGCCAUCAAAUCUGUGUAUCUAUCUCUUAUCCUCAGUGAGGGCCCAUCCUGCUCAUCAGCAACCAUUCCAGGGGGAACCAGUUUUGAAUUGAUGUGUAGUCAUUUUUUAACUACCGGUAGAUGGUGUAAAAGUAAAACACUUGUUGAUGAGGGUGUUCAGAUGGUUAGCAUACUUGCAGAGGCUUUUGUAGGGGUGGCCAGAAUUCUACACAGAAAUGUAACCGAAACUACACAGAACCAAACUCAUGAUUUUCUUAUCAAACUCUCCAGAGUUUGGGAGAGAGAUGCUGAUAUGGACAGCCUGCAUUGUCUGGGGUUUGACAGGAGAGGGACUCUCAGAGACAUGGAUAAAGAGGGAGUAAUGGAACCCAUCGCUCUUAAGUUUCAUCUAGUCUCCUGUCUGAUGGACUUGUUAUGCACAUUACUGAAAACUGAUGGCAUAAUUGGAACAUAAAAUAAAAUACAUGGUUGACUGGA